AUGUUGGGAACAAUUGUGGGUGCUGCAAUAGGAGGAGCUAUGGCUGUGAUUGCUCCCCCAGUAGUACUGGGUGCCAUGGGCUUCACUGAAACAGGAAUUGCAGCAGGAUCCAUAGCAGCCAAGAUGAUGGCAGCAGCAGCAAUCGCCAGUGGGAAUGGAGUUGCAGCAGGAAGCCUGGUAGCCACACUGCAGUCAGUGGGGGCUGCUGGACUCUCUACAUCAUCCAACAUCAUCCUGGGCUCUGUUGGGGCAGCUGUUAUGGCCUUGCUUUGA